UGGUGUGAGGGAAUUAACCAAGAUGGCUAACCGGCGUGUUCCACUAGUCCUGUUAGCCUGCGGCUCCUUUAAUCCCAUCACUAACCAGCACAUGAGGCUGUUUGAGCUGGCCAGGGACCACAUGCACAGCACAGGCCAAUACCAGGUGGUGGGUGGCAUCGUGUCUCCAGUGAGCGACAGCUAUGGAAAGCAGGGCCUGGUACUGGCUAAGCACCGCAUUGCGAUGGCGAAGCUGGCACUGCAGAGCUCCAACUGGGUCACGGUUGAUGAAUGGGAGAGCCAGCAGCCAGACUGGACGGAGACGGUGGUAACUAUGAGGUAUCAUUAUGGACGCAUUCUAAAGGAGAAUGAGGGAAGAGCAGGGAAGCACAUGAACUCCAACGGUGACACCACUACUCUCGCAGGACCCCAGCUGAAGCUCCUCUGUGGAGCCGAUUUCCUCGACACCUUCAAGAUCCCCGGCUUGUGGCAGGACGAGGACGUGGAGGAGGCGGUCGGGCGCUUCGGCCUCGUCUCAGUCAGCCGUGGCGGGCUGCAGCCCGAGCAGACUGUGCACGAGUCGGACAUGCUCUCCCGCCACCAGCGAAACAUUUUCCUGGUAAGGGAGUGGAUGAGGAAUGAGACGAGCGCCACGGAGGUGCGUCGUGCUCUGAGGCGGGGUCAGAGCGUGAAGUACUUGAUCCCAGACUCAGUGAUAGAAUAUAUUCACCAGCACAAGCUUUACACAGAGGACAGCGAGAGGAGGAAUAAGGGCACGGUGCUGAGGCCACUCACCAAGCAGGCACAAGAGCCAGUGAGCAGUCUGGAUGACUCAACCACAGCAGACCUCCUCGCCCGCAGAAACACAGCCAUCAUGCCUGUCGAUCUGAAUGGAUAUUGGAAAAUGAUUUCCAGUGAUAACUUCGAGGAGUACCUGAAGGCUCUCGAUGUGAAUGUCGCCAUCAGGAAAAUCGCAACCUUGCUGAAACCUGACAAGGAAAUCAGCCACGACGGCGACCACAUCGUCAUCAAGACCCUCAGCACCUUCAAAAACUACAACAUGGACUUCCACGUGGGCAAAGAGUUUGAGGAGGAUCUGUCCGGAGUGGAUGACAGGAAAUGCAUGACCACCAUCACUUGGGAUGGAGACAAGCUGGUGUGUGUGCAGAAGGGGGAGAUCGAAGGAAGAGGCUGGAGCCACUGGGUGGAAGGAGAUGAGCUUCAUUUGACAUGUGAGCCUAGUAACCUCCCCAAUGACCCAAGUCUACACACAGGCACAGCACUGUCACCAUCUGCCACCAUGCCAGCAGACUUCAGUGGGAAAUGGAUACUGGAAACCAGUGAGAAAUUUGAGGAGUAUUUGAAAGCUUUAAACAUUGACUUCGCCACAAGGAAAAUCGCCAUCUCCCUGUCUCAGACCAAAGUGGUCGCUCAGGAGGGAGACAAGUUUGACUUCAAAACACUGAGCACCUUCAGGAAUUAUGAGCUGGCCUUCACUGUGGGGGUGGAGUUUGACGAGCACACCAAGGGACUCGACAACAGGAACAUCAAGUGUCUGGUAAACUGGGACGGUGACAAGCUGGUGUGCAGCCAGAAAGGAGAGAAGGCAAAUCGAGGCUGGAAGCACUGGAUAGAGGGUGACAAACUUUACCUGGAGCUGACGUGUGAAGAUGUACUUUGUCUUCAGGUGUUCAAGAGAAAAGAAUAAAAUAUGUGCAAAUGUCUGUUUUUUUUUUUUUUGGUUUGCUUGGUUAACUGUGUCUUUUCAUGCUCCUCAGUGACAUGUUUCCCACAUUUGAACAAAAUGAAUAAAGGCAGUUUUUAGACAA